AGUGACUUCUGUCACGUGCCUGUCAAGCCCCGUGUCCUCGCGCAGCCGCGAACAACACAACCCGCGGGCCACCGAGGAAGUAGCGUAAGCGUCCAAGGGGAAGCAAACGCUGCCGCUAACACAUUGCUCUCUUUUUUUUUUAAUUAAGUCAACUGGAGGCGUCGUUUGUCUUCAUCCACAAAGCGGUCGGCUUUUUUUUUUUUUCAGUCGGCGGAGAGUUGAAGGGAACAAUGUAGCCGUUGCUCGCGAACCUCUAAGCUAGCAGGCUAACAAUCAGCUGUUGUUUUGGUCGGAGAGCUAGCCGGCUAACGAGCCGCGCUGUGGAGCAGAGGAGUACAAACCAGAUACAUUCUCCUCGCUAACUCGGUUAAUGGCGACACAGACGGGCGGACCACCCUGACACAAUAGCCAGCGGCCGGUCUGUCCGCUGUUGUCCCGGGCGCGUGAGCUGCCCCGUGGAACCGAGCCAUCCGAGGGGUCCGUGAGGGAGUGAAAAGUACUGCUUCACCAUGCAUGACGCGUACGAGCCAGUGCCUAUUUUGGAGAAACUUCCUCUCCAGAUUGACUGUCUUGCGGCCUGGGAGGAGUGGUUGCUCGUGGGAACAAAGCCGGGGCAUCUUCUUCUCUACAGGAUUAAGAAGGAUGCAGGCACCAACCGGUUUGAGGUGACACUGGAGAAAUCAAAUAAGAACUUCUCAAAAAAGAUUCAGCAGCUCUACGUCGUCUCGCAGUACAAAAUUCUUGUCAGUCUUCUCGAGAACAACAUCCACGUCCACGACCUCCUGACCUUCCAGCAGAUCACUGUAGUGGCCAAAGCCAAAGGCGCCACGCUCUUCACCUGUGACCUGCAGCACACCAGCACAGGAGAGGAAAGGUUGAGAAUGUGUGUUGCAGUGAAAAAGAAGCUUCAGCUGUAUUACUGGCAGGACAGAGAGUUCCACGAACUGCAGGGGGACUUUAGUGCAUCUGAUAUCCCAAAGUCCAUGGCUUGGUGUGAAAACUCCAUAUGUGUUGGUUUCAAGCGAGACUAUUACCUCAUACGGAUGGAUGGCCGGGGCACCAUCAAGGAUCUCUUUCCCACUGGCAAACAGCUGGAGCCUCUGGUUGCCCCACUGGCUGAUGGGAAGGUGGCAGUUGGCCAGGAUGACCUCACUGUGGUGGUAAACGAAGAGGGCGUUUGUACCCAGAAGUGUGCCCUGAACUGGACCGACAUCCCAGUAGCAAUGGAGCACCAGCCUCCGUACAUCAUAGCUGUCCUUCCUCGGUACGUGGAGAUCCGGACGCUGGAGCCCCGGCUGCUGGUGCAGAGUGUGGAGCUGCAGCGACCUCGCUUCAUCACCUCGGCCGGGCAAAACAUAGUGUACGUCGCCAGCAACCACUUUGUGUGGCGCCUGGUGCCCGUGUCGAUAGCCACGCAGAUCCGGCAGCUUCUUCAGGACAAGCAGUUCGAGCUGGCUCUUCAGCUGGCGAAGAUGAAGGACGAUUCAGACGGCGAUAAGAAGCAGCAGAUCCAUCACAUCCAGAAUCUCUUCGCCUUCAAUCUGUUUUGCCAGAAGAGAUUUGAUGACUCCAUGCAGGUGUUUGCCAAACUGGGCACAGAUCCCACCCAUGUGAUCGGGCUGUACCCAGACCUGCUCCCCUCGGACUACCGCAAACAGCUGCACUACCCAAACCCUCUGCCUGCUCUGUCCGUGGCGGAGCUGGAGAAGGCUCAUCUCGCUCUCAUCGAUUAUCUCACACAGAAGCGCAGCCACCUGGUGAAGCAGCUGAACGACUCCGACCCGUCUACAACGUCUCCGCUGAUGGAAGGCACGCCGACUAUUAAGAGCCGCAAAAAACUCCUGCAGAUCAUCGACACCACGCUGCUGAAAUGUUACCUGCACACCAACGUGGCCAUGGUGUCCCCCCUCCUUCGCCUGGAGAACAACCACUGCCACAUCGAGGAGAGCGAGUACGUCCUGAAGAAGGCCCACAAGUACAGCGAGCUCAUUAUCCUCUACGAGAAGAAGGGCCUCCACCAGAAAGCUCUGCAGGUGCUGCUGGACCAGUCCACCAAGGCCAACUCUCCGCUGAAGGGCCACGAGCGGACGGUGCAGUACCUCCAGCGGCUUGGAGGGGAGAAUUUGGGAAUCAUCUUUGAGUUUUCUCCUUGGGUGUUGAAGAUCUGUCCUGAGGACGGCCUCAAGAUCUUCACAGAGGACCUGACCGAGGUGGAGACUUUGCCCAGAGACAAUGUGCUGAACUUCCUGAAGGAGGGCUUCAAGGAGCUCGCCAUCCCGUAUUUGGAGCACAUUGUGUACGAGUGGGAGGACAAGGAGCCGGAGUUUCACAAUGUGCUGAUUCAGCUCUACCUGGAGAGGGUCCAAGGCCUCAUGAAGCAGUACCUCAACUCACUGCCAGAAGGAGUUGCAGCCGUUGCUGCGGGGAAAGAGGAAGGUGAACUGGGAGAGUUCAGGAACAAGCUGCUGUCUUUCCUGAAUAUUUCCACCAGCUACGAACCAUCCAGACUCAUCAGCGACUUCCCCUUCGACGGCCUGCUGGAGGAACGGGCUCUGCUCCUGGGUCGGAUGGGCAAACACGAGCAGGCGCUCUUCAUCUACGUGCACAUCCUGAACGACACCAGCAUGGCCGAAGCGUACUGUCACAGCCAUUACAGCAGCGCCGUCGAAGGGAACAAAGACGUCUACCUGUCCCUGCUGCGGAUGUACCUGUCCCCUCCUGACGUGCACUGCCUGGGGCCCAUCAAGAUGGAGCUGUCGGAGCCUCAGGCCAACCUGCAGGCGGCCCUCCGCGUCCUGGAGCUGCACCACAGCAAACUCGACACUAGCAAGGCCAUCAAUCUGCUGCCAGCAAACACUCAGAUCCGAGAGAUCCGGGUCUUCCUGGAGAGCGUGCUGGAGGAGAAGGCUCGGAGGAAACGCAGCAACCAGGUGCUGAAGAGUCUGCUGCAGGCCGAGUUCCUCCGAGUGCAGGAGGAGCGGAUCUUCCACCAGCAGGUGAAGUGCGUCAUCACCGAGGAGAAGACCUGCCGCGUCUGCAGGAAGAAAAUAGGAACCAGUGCGUUCGCCCGGUACCCCAACGGCGUGGUGGUGCACUACUUCUGCUGCAAGGACCGCAACGCGUGUCCCACCGAGCAGUGAACCACUCCGCUGGGCGCCGACUGUUGGCUCCUCGAUGACGCCUCUCCCCCCCCCCCCUCCUCCUCUGUGGAUUUGGAACUGGAAGCGCAUCAGAUGGGUGGAGGCGCUGGAGCUGUGCCCCUCAAAGGAGUUUUCUUUUUUUUUUUUUUUUUUUAUCAAACCCGAGCUGACCGCGGGGGGGCCGGGAAUCAAAGGCCCGGACUUCCCUUCCUUCUGUAGCAGCGGGAACGUACCGCCGCCGCUCCGCAGGGGGGAGAAAUGAGCAGAGAGGGAAGGAGCCUUGACAUUUAAAAAGCGUGCGUCAGUGAAACGCGAGGAGGGAGGAAGAGGGGGUGUGGGGGGCGGGUGUCGGGCCCAUUCUCACGGCGGCACGAGGCCUCUGUUUCGUGUUUUAACCUGCGCUCCUCUGCAGGUGUGCAGUCGAAGCCUUUUGUGACUGAAGAUUGUAGCGACGGCAAAGUUGGAGGAUUCUUUGUGCUGGUGCUGAUCGUCUUAAAGUGUGUUUGAAGUUAUUUUUAUUUAAACAUUUGAGGCGACUAACAUUAUUCAUAGACUUUGUUUCCAUUAUUUGAUGUCUUUACAGUGAAUGAAGGUCGUUUUCAUUACUUAUUACGUAUUUCUUUCACAGACAUUAAAGGUUUUUGAAGUAGAACUUGAAGUGUGUAACGCAACUUUUGAGCCGAGGGGGCCUCACGUGGCAAUUACACAAUAAUCACACUGAAUUCCCCCCAACUAGAUCCAAAGUGAUUACUCAAUCAUUCAAUAUACGAAGAAUUAAUGUCAAACUGUUUGAUUCAUGAUUAUUAUCCGCCACGUUUCAUGCAAAACGGCCCCGACUCCCUGGUUCCAACUUAAGACGGUUGCUCACAUUAAAGACUGAGGCUGCAUAAAUGGCAUUUUAUCAAACAGUUUCCGGAUGUCAAAGUCUACAAAGCGCGGGGGGCCGAUGUGUUACGAGUGUUACAGUAGCGCAGGUGAUUCUGCUAACGUUAGCCACCUUUAGCUACCAGCAGCUAAUGCCCAUGAUUCCAACCUUACAUUUGUGCCUCUUAAAGGCGGAUCUCAAAGUAAAGUGUAGCACUUUAGUGGAUGGAUGACCUGUUUGUGUUUUUGUUGUUGUUUUUUUAAUAGUCCGCGGGACAAGAACUGGAAGCAACGUGAGUGACAGCUGAGAGCGUGAUUGACAGCUGCGUUUUAACGGCAAUAUUCUAAGAAGAUGCGUCUGUGGGAGGUAAUGGAAGAAGCACGGCUUCUUCUCCGUAGAGGAAAUGCAAGCAAUGGAAGUUCUGAGCAUCGACUCACACUUCCCCCUCAAGUCGCAGCGCCCCCCCCAUCUUCUGCUUCUUUAAAGCUUUGCACACUGCUAAGACUGUUUCUGACACUCUCCGGUUUAGGGUGGGUGCAUGUUUCCCACUGUGUGUCCGUCUGGCUUUAAUCAUUGUUAAUAAUAAUAAUAAUAAAGUUGUUUCCACUGAUG